AUGUUUCUUCUCCGUUCUCUUCUGCUUCUUCUCCUACUCGGACGCAUUGCCGACUUCUUCAAACUCGGGAACACUUUGAAAAAAGUGGGCAAACGAUUCCAACUGCUGUCUGAUGAUAUGCUCGGAGAAGUUGAUAGUAAGUACAGUAGUGUGUUGAAGAAAACAUGUCAAACCGGUUUUAGUAUCACAUCUGAAAGAGACGGAAUACGCGAAAGCGACUCCGGAACAGGUGAAACGGAUUAAGCAGGAUCACGCGGUUCUCAUGAACAUUCUGAUUCGGGGGCAGGCGUCGUCGGCGAAUCCCGGAUGGCAGAAGUUUCGAGAGCAUCUGACGAUGGUUCUGGAUAAAGAGUUGACUGCAGAUGUUUGCGGAGUCACGCAGUUGAAUUAUGGUUCUAGAGAAGUGCGUCGACAAUAUCGAUUGGAUUUGUUUCAGUUCAAUUUGUGGAUUUCCUGGCCAAAGAUCGAGUGCGCUGGAAGAAGAUGCUCACGAAGGACGAGUCAAAGUUUGUGGUGUUGGAGAACAACAGAAGGGACGUGAUCCGGAUGCGGAUGUCGUUCAAACAGGAAUCCGUUCUCGGCUACUUCUCCACUCAAAUCUAUUACAUCGACAUGAAGGCGACGUACCCGAACAUUGAAACCGAGAAGGAUCUUUAUUUCACGGCCACGUCGAUUUCAGUGAAAGGAGGGUGUACCGAGUACGGAGAGAUGGACGCGAACAACACGCAAGUCAACGAGCUGGACACGGAGAUCUGGAACAAUGUGGAGGCGAAGAAGUUUCUGAUGCUCUUCACGCCGGUCCCUUAUCAAGGUCUCUGGCAGGACCCCACAAAGAUCCCCACUUUGUGGUUGUCGGGACUCGAAAUCGACAAAUACUUGACGGCGACUGUGUGCGAUCCGAAAAGUGACACCCCCAGACGGUACUCGGAAGCCGAGUUCCGCAGAUGGUACGAGUUGUUCGGAAGGAUGUGGCGUCCAAAGAAAAACAAUGUAGGUGGAGAGGGAUGGGCAAAGUUGAGAAGAAAUACCUGUUUAGAUGGAUUUUGUGACGAUUCGGGAGAUCGAACGGACUGAGGAUCUCAUAAUAGCUCGCAUCACAUUCCGACUCGUGAUCGGAUUGGAUUGGGAUGGAAACGCCAGGGAAGUGGAUUGGGAUUUCAAGAUCAAAGCUGAAUAUGUGAGAAUCUUAUAUUAUUCUCAAACUUUUAGAAUAUCGAUUGCAGCACAAGCACGGCAACAAAAAGUGGCUGGUAUCCUCGCUAGACGUGCACUGUCCUCCGGCCCUAAACCUCAUGGAGGCGAGCUAUGAAGCCUACCGUAACAUCACCGGACUCACUCUCGUUUCCAUGAUCCCGCUGACCAAGCGCGUCUACCAGGAUCUUGGAUUCCUUCAAUAUCUAACCAAAAACGAUUCGAACAUUGAACUCGACAAUUGUGGAGGCGAAACAUUGGACAGUAUCAACGAGAUUGAGAAGAAAUUCUGGGCGCCCGGCAGCAAUUACAGUGCCACGUUCCUCGAGCAUGUCGCGAUGGACACCGAGGAGGGUUUGGCCAAAGAAGACACGUAUUUCACAAUGUACGUCGGGCUGGGAACCUAUGAGGAGAUGGCGACCGAAACGGAAGGAGGUACCGAAUCUCAAGGCGACAAGUUUACGUCUUUGGAGGCUACCUGGAAGUUUUACAUUCUAUGGGUCAGUAGAACUUUCAAGUUUUUUUUUUGGAUUGCUAAAGUAUUGUCCCUUCAGGACCCGGUGGAUCUGUUCUACUACAUCAAGAAGAUCGAGUUCGGAUGCCCGAAAGUUCAGUCAGUUCGUCGCGAGUUCGAGUGGCCCGAGAAUACAAUGACUUGGACGGUGAUUGGUGGAUGA